CUCUCUUUACGUGACCUCAUCAACGGUCAUAUUACUUAUACCACUAUGCUCGUUUGAGCUUUUGUUUGGGGAAUGGUGUGUCUUCUAAUUCGAUGGGGAUGGCUCAGUAGAUUAAUCUGAGGAGCGACGGUUAAACAAAUAGGGUAUUAUAAUUAUAUUAACUCAUUUAGUGAUACCUGCACCACAGAUGGUAUAACUGAAUCUGAAAGGCAUUAUUUGUUCAGGCGGAGCUCUAGAAGCGAGAAACAGCAAAGAGCAAACGUCUAAAUAGAAUCAACCUCGUUCUGUUUUUUUAUUUCUAAUUCUCUGUGGACGUGACAUGCAGAUCUGUUGAUUGAAAAAGCAGUUUAAAGUGCAUGGUGUAUUUUCUGUCCCCAUGGAUCCACAAUCAUCUCCAGGGAGGUUGACCUGCCACCCGCUCCUUUAUGGCCUACAGCGACAGACGUGUGAGCAGCACCUGAGCCUGGAGACACCAGGGGGGAAGCAGAGGGAGAGAGAGGAAAAGGGAGGUGAAAAAGAGGCUUUUAUUCGGCUUUGGAAUAAACAGAAGAGCCAACACAGCGCAGUGGCAAGUCCUUGGGUGAAACAGAGGCUACAUGACUGGAUUCUAAUGAAGCCACAUCAGGCUGCACUCACCCACAGCAAACCCCCCAUGAAUUUCCGGGUGCUGGCCCCUAUUCCUGACCUAGCCUUUCAUCAGGACCAACAGUGCUCAUCUGUAUCUCAAACUCACAGUAGCAAGCAUCUUCGGAGAACAGCCUCAGAACCAAUUCGGAAACUGAAACCAAAAAGAAGUAUGAACAGUCGAAAAAAUCAUCUUUGCCGUAAAUCAAGUGCCCCCUCUCCAGGCAAACCAUCCUCGCAUGACACAUAUGAUUCCUGGUCUAGCAGCAGUAGCACUCCAGUAUCUCGGCGCAGUUCGCCCUCCAGUCUGUCAGACAGUGGAGCACAAUUCUGCGACUACAACACAGGACUGUCUCAUGAGAGCAAGAGGAAUAUGAGCAGCUUGAGGUGGGGGAAUGUCUGCAUGUCCUCUUCCCCAGCCAUAUAUGCUUUACCUAGGCAGGAGGUAGGGGCAGGGGCCAGUUCCUCCACCUUGCUAUCAGUGAACAUCCUGAACCAUCCUGUUAUCCUACCCAUGACAAUGCUACCUACGGCUCCCUCACCACAUCUCCCAGUGCAUGUGGGUGCAGAGCAGCAUAAGCUCCAGUGCAGAACUCGGUCCCUGCAGCUGUGCCAAGGUUACCGAGAGAACUGCAGCAAGCGACCUCAGAAAGCCUCACAUAUACAUGAGCAGUUGACCCGCACCAGGUCCUUUCCUCUCUUUAAGCAACAGAUCACCCAUCAUGCUUCCGUUAUCACGAAUUCCCAACGCACAGGGUUGGUGUGUACCUCACAGAUACUGAAGCAACAGGGUACCUGCACUGAGCUCAGCUCUCCUCCUGAGCAUGCUGGGAAAAUCCAGAGUCUGUGGUCCAGACUGCAGGAAUGUGGGCUCAGAAAUCAGUGUCAGUGGGUCCCAGGCCGCCAAGCCACACUGGAGGAGCUCCAGGUUGUUCGACCGGAGAGCCUCAUUCAUCCCUAUGGAACGAACCCCCUGAGCCGGCUGCACCUGGCUGGGACGCGCAUGGCAGCAGGCAGUGUGACAGAGCUGGCACUGCGGGUGGCACAGGGUGAACUGAGGAAUGGUUUUGCAAUAGUUAAACCCCAUGGACAUGAUGCUUCACUGUCCUCCAACACCAAACCCAUUUCAGUGGCCAUAGCUGCUAAGCAGCUUCAGUGCAGACUGAAUGUCAGAAAGAUUCUCAUUGUGGACUGGGAUAUUCACCAUGGUAACAUAACUCAGGAAGUAUUCUACACAGAUCCCAGGGUUCUCUACAUCUCCCUACAUCGCCAUGGCUUUGGAAACUCUCAUAGAGGAGGACCCACUGAAGUUGGCUCAGGCCAAGGAGAAGGCUACAAUGUUAAUGUAGCUUGGUCUGCAGAACUGGAUUGUUCAUUAGGAGAUAAAGAAUACUUGACAGCAUUUAGGACUGUGGUCAUGCCUAUUGCUCAGGAGUUCUCUCCCGAUGUGGUGCUGGUGUCCUCCGAGUUUAAUGCAGUUGAAGGCCACCCAGCCUCCCUUGGAGGACAUGGGGUGUCUGCUAAAUGUUUCGGCUUGCUGACACGGCAACUGAUGGAGGUGGCCCAGGAUCAUGUGGUCCUGGCGUUGGAGGGCGGUCAUGACAUCAGGGAGAUAUGGGAUGCUUCUGAAGCAUGCAUCAAUGCUUUGCUGGACAAUGAGGUCGCACCCCUGUCUGAAGAUUCAGUUAUGAAUAUGACAUGUGCUAACACCAUGCAGUCCUUGCAGAAAGUGCUCCAAAUCCAGAGUAAGUACUGGUGCUCGGUGAGGGCUGUAGUGAACACAUUGGCACAAAGCACAUGCUCUGCAGCCACCGAGGCGACCUUAGCCCUGGCUUCUCUCAGCAUGGCUGGCCCUAAGAGCACAAGCUGUCAAGACUUGGGUGGGCUGUUUUGGUGCUGCCAUGACCAGAAUCAGCCCAUAGAACAUGAUGAGAAUAUGACUGACUUACUGGAGAAGGAGACCACUGCCUGAACACAGAACACAGAACACAGAGAGGUACUUUCAGCGUUUAUUGUUGUAGUUUUUGUUCAACACAGCUCUGUAAAAUGCCCUGCCAGUAUUUUUAUACAAAUAAGUAUGGUAUUGCAUGUCCAAACCAAAAUACAUUUCUCUUGUUCUUAAUGUUGGAAGAACAUAUACCUAAAAUGUUAAAUACUUAAUUUUAAUAUAUCAUGAGCAUGAUAUAUGAGUAAAACAUUGAUAAAAUUCAUGACACAAGUUUCUGAGAAACUGUACAUAAAAUGUACAUUAUUUUAACAAUGCGUGAUCAGGCUACAGGCAUUUUUCAAAACUGAUGUGAAUAAACUGGAAACAUGACUCCAGACUCCAAAGCUUUGUUUAAAACUAAAAAUACUUCACAAAUGUGUGUUGUGCUCAAAAUAUUCAAACAUGAUUGUUUGUGAAAGGGUUUUUAAGAUUGUCAAUGCCACUGUAUGCAGUUGUGUUCGUAGGUGUUUAAUUUUUCCUUUGGUACUGACUGAAAAUGUGUUUACAUUUAAUGAACUUUCCUAUAGGCCUUUUCUGUGCCUUUCAUGUUAUAACAUUUUAUGUCCUGUCUGACGAGUGUCUUCAUUAAGAACAUAAGUUCCUGAGACAGCAUUUGAAGUUUUUUCAGGAAGGCCUUUAAAAUAUCUGUACAGUAAAUUAUACAGUAGAUGAUGCCACUCUCGACUGUAUACUUUUCUUAAAAUAACUUUUUAAAACUUCUUUAUAAAUCUAUAAAAAUACAAUUUUUUAAAAUUAAAUUCUUCAAAAAGAAGUGUCAAGUGUUUUGACCACUGUUCAUAGUAAAAUCUAACUUUCUUCUGAAUUUCAUGUCUAUACAGACAAGGCAGCUUUAUAUUUAAUGUUAUUUUUUAAAGAACAGAAAUAACCUGUUUUGCAUUAACUCUGAAUAAACUUGUUUUGCAUAUUUAUGGUUUUUAUACUUCUCUCAUGAUUAUAAAAACAUGGUUCAGUGUCAAAAUAUCUUUUGUUACAAAAUUGUAUUCACAUUAUUCCAUGAGAUGGAAUUACCCGAUUUGUACAUAUAAAGGCAUGAGUACAUGAUGAAUUAACAAACUGUAUUGUAUUUUAUAUAUGUGGUGUCCACACAUACAUGUACACGGAGACCCACAUUCAUAAGAUAACUCAACAUUAGUUAUAUGGAUACAUUUAUAAAAUGGCUUGAAAGAUAAAUAAAUGCAGUGAAAGACACAAUCAAAUUUACACAUCAUUUGCGUUUCUGUGAAUAAAAGGAAAGCUGCAUAUAAUAAGAUAUGUUAAGGGACUGUUACCCAGCCAGCCCAGAUAAUGCUCUAACUCAACCCUCAAGACACUUACCCACAAUGGCCAAAAAAGGUUUAAAAAAAAAAAUAAAAAUAUAUAUAUAUAUAUAUAUUAUUAUUAUUAUUCAUAAUUUG